UGCGUCGCACUGAAGCAGCAAAGCAGUGAAGGUAAAGUAGCAGGAAAGCUAAAUUCAGGAUGCAGAUCGAUGUGGCGAUUAUCUUCUAUUAUCGUCUCACAUGUCUUCAUUUCUUUUGAAGAAGAUGACCUCAAGGAACCCACAAGCUGAAGAUUCAGAGCUGCAAAGAACCUUGUAUCAAACAACUACCAUGCCAGAGCUGAACUGUUCCCUUGAAGCUAUUUUCACAUCUGGAGGCCCAGUCUUCGGUGGCGUGGGCUGCCCUGAGGCCGCUGUGGUGUGUGGGAUGAAUAUCUCGUGGGUGCUGGUCAGCGCCACUAAGCAGGAUCUAGAUGACCUGUGUUUGAGUGAGGAGGAGUACCUGGCCAGGUACCUGGGGCCUCUCCGGUCCCCCAUCUUCUCUCCCGUCUGCGUCACCUACCUCACCAUCUUCAUGGUGGGUGUCCUGGGCAACUGUUUGACCUGUGCUGUCAUCUUACGCUACAGGGUGAUGCAGACGCCCACCAACUACUACCUGCUGAGCCUGGCAGUUUCUGACCUGCUGGUGCUGCUGCUCGGUAUGCCUUUGGAGCUCUAUGAAAUGUGGCAAAAUUACCCCUUCCUGCUCGGCGAGGGGGGCUGCUACUUCAAAACCUUCCUGUUUGAAACCGUCUGUUUCGCCUCAAUCCUCAAUGUCACCGCCCUCAGUGUGGAACGCUACAUGGCGGUGGUCCACCCCCUGAAAGUCAAACACAUGACCACGCACACUCACGUCAGGAGGGUCAUCUUCCUGCUGUGGGUUCUGUCCAUGGUGUGUGCUGUGCCAAACACCAGCAUGCAUGGCAUCACGGUGCUGCCUCCAUGGUUUGGACGACAGUUUCCACGAUCUGCAAUCUGCCAUGUGGUCAAGCCCACCUGGAUGUACAACCUGAUCAUCCUGGUUUCUACGCUGGUCUUCUUCCUGCUCCCCAUGUUGAUAAUCAGCGUUCUCUACCUGCUCAUUGGCUUGAGGCUCCACAGGGAGAGGAUCAUGACCAAUGAGGACACCAUGUGUAGCUUUGGAAAGGACAGUGUCUCUGGGUCGAAUAAACAGAAGCUGAGCAAACGCAACGUGCAAGUCACCAAGAUGCUGUGUGUCUUGGUGGUCGUGUUCGGCCUCUGCUGGGCGCCCUUCCACGUGGACCGCUUGAUGUGGAGUUACAUCGACAUGUCUUCCCAGAAGCACCUCAAGCUGUACGAGCACGUCCACAUCAUCUCCGGAGUUUGCUUCUACCUAAGCUCCGCCAUCAACCCCAUCCUCUACAACAUCAUGUCCACCAGGUUCCGAGAAAUGUUCAGUCACAUGACAUGUGACUGUUAUUCUAACAGCUGGCUGAUACACUCCAGUUCACAGAUGACCCGGCGCAGCACCCUAGGAGAUAAAUGAAGCUAGGGUCGUCUGAGCCAAGUGGUCAGUGGAUAUUAUACACAGAUGGGCAACAACUUAAACAAAAAAAAAAAAUUAAUUGAGUGGUGGUUUGUUGUGUUGAGCAGUGGUGUGAUUAGAGGGUGUGGAUUGUAACUCCUGCUCCUUCCCAAUCCCAUGGUAAAAUAGAAUAAAAUUUCCCAUCCUAUUCAUGGGAAAACAUCUCCUGUUCUGUCAAUGUUGAUUUAACACUGACAUCUUCUCCUCUUUAAAACUUGUGACUUCCCUUCCCUGUUUUUGCAAUGCUGGCUUCAUCGCAAACAUUAUGUAAUGUCAGGUGACCGCCUGCAGCAAACCA